CCCGAUCCGACUCGCCUUCUCCCUCCCGCUGCUGAUCCGAGGCCGCCAUUAAUACCCACCCCACCUCGCCACGAAGCACCCAAUCCCAAUCCCGCGAGACGAGCAAACCCUCUGAUUGUCCGGUCCAUUGAUCCGCUCCAACAUGUACAGCGACAAGGCGGCGGUGGCGGCGGUGCAGGCGGGCGGCGACGCGCAGCAGCAGAAGCCCGGCGCCGGGAACCGGAUUCAGGUGUCCAGCUCCAAGAAGCCGCUCUUCUUCUACGUCAACCUCGCCAAGAGGUACAUGCAGCAGCACGGCGACGUCGAGCUCUCCGCGCUCGGGCUGGCCAUAUCAACAGUUGUGACCAUUGCGGAGAUCCUGAAGAACAAUGGUCUUGCCGUUGAAAAGAAGAUUAGAACAUCCACUGUUGAAAUCAGCGACGAAAUGAGAGGCCGGUCGAUCCAAAAGGCUAAGAUUGAGAUAUUGCUGGGAAAGACCGACAACUUCGAUGAGCUGAUGGCCGCCAGCGCUGGAGAGGCAAACGCAGGAGAUGGCGAGCAGUCCUAGAAAGUUCAAGCGUCUAGUUUUCCCUUACUUUUUCGCCUUUUGGGUACUGUUUUGGUGUGUCCACUUCUUGUGUGGCGUUUUUGAAACACUAUAUUUGAAUUAUUCCAUUUGUAGCCGAGUUGUGUCUAAUGUACACUGCUUAGUGCUAAUUUAGUGGUGUUACUGACCACUGCACUGUUGUGAGAUCAU